AUGGCGGCGUGUCUCGGCAAGAGCAGCACGAUGGCCGCUGCCUUCAUUACUGGAGUUCUUUCUUUAAUAUUACACAGCAUAGCAAUGGGAACCGAUUUCUGGGUUUCGUCAACUUACAGUUUGUCGAAAAAUCGCGAUGAGUUCAACACUACGGAAGUUGGCGACAUAGCAGAGGUUCUUCAAAAUGCAGGGCUAUGGAGGGAAUGCAUUAGCCAAACAAAUUUAACUUUUGAUGAUUCGAUCCACUUUAUCUGUCGUAAUAAUAAUUUUACUGUAGCUGGUGAGACUGGUUAUGACCAAGUGGUAUAUUAUACAGCGCUGGCAGCAGCAACAUGUGCAUGUCUGUGUUUGAUAUUACAAGUAUUUGGUGCUUUAUCAGGAGUACAAGCUGCAUGGCAGAUCAAAUCAUCACUUUUUACCGAUUGCGGACUCAUGUUUCUAUUUGCCGCUAUCUGUGAUACUCUAACAGUGAGUUUGUACCUUGUAAGUAAACUAUAUUUUGUAAAUGAAAGACCAACUUCUCUUGUCAAGUUCCCUGAUGGUUUUGAGAAGACGGUCAAUUUCUCUUGGUCAUUUUACUGUUGUUUUCUUGGAUUUGUUUGCUGCUCGUUCAGUGGUACCGUUUAUUUGCUGAUUGCCAGAUAUUGGAGAAAACAAGAGAUUUACCAUCCACCGGAUGACAUAGCUAGAGAAAAGAAAGUUUCAGUGUCAUACAGGAAAAGUAUUAUUAGCAUUCCUAAGUUAUAA